AUGAUUCUGAAAACAUUGAUACGAAAAGCAAGAAAACCAAAAUCUGCCAAUCGUAAAUGUUGCCGUGUUCAUCUUGCUAAUGGUAUAGAAGUAAUAGCUUAUAUUCAAGAUGAAGGACAUAACUUACAAGAACAUUAUAGUAUUUUAAUACGAGGACGAACGAACGAUUUAUCGGGUGUACACUAUAAAGCUGUAUGUGGUAAAUUAGAUUGUAAUUUACCUAUUAAACGACAAGCAACAGUAUCAACAAGUGCUAUUACAAAAUAA